AUGGACGUGUUGUCCCCGCCCCGCUACAGGAGAUUCUCCUCCAGACCUGGUCCGGCACCAAUUUCUGGCACAGAGCUCCCCCCAUCGUAUACCCGUCGUAAUACCCUUACUCAACCGAUUAAUCUUCACCACCGCGAUCCAACAGAGCAUGUCUUUGAGCUUGCAGACGGAAAGGCACGGCCAUGGAUCACACUAAAGGUGUACAGCAGCGCAAAAUCAGCAAAGUCGCUGCCGACGUUUUUUGAGAAGGAAAAUAUCACGGGUAUGCUGGAACUCCAUGCGGAGAGGGGUGACUCUAUCCAGGCGAUCACGGCUACGGUGACGGGUCGUAUCAUCACCGGGUCUGGCGUAGACGAUUGCUUCGUCUUUCUGAGCCAGACACAGCCCAUCUGGUCGAAAUCUCCCGACACCCCGCGAGUGCCGUCGCCCUCCGAGGGUGCUUCGAGCAACAAGCUACUAGGACACUGUGUUUGGCCGCUGUCGAUACCCCUCGCGCGGACGGUUACAGUACCAAGUGGAUCGGGAGAUCUGAAGUCAUUCCGAUUACCCGAAACCUUCUUGGAGCGCCAAACACGGGUCAGCGUCCAGUACGACCUCACCGUCGUCGUGUCGCGGGGAAAGCUUCGAGCAGAUCACAAGAUCAAAACUGCGUUUGGUUAUGUACCUAGUAGCAGACCAGAGCCUCCAUCGAUACUGAGGCAGUACGCAUACCAGCAGUUCUUGCCUCUUCCUGGGCCAUUAUCCGACCCAGAGGGAUGGAAAAAUCUUCGACCUGUAUCUGUUCGAGGUACUCUAUUUGGCUCCCUGCGGGUUGACGCCAAAUGCACGCUAUCACUGGCUAAGCCUUUGUGUUAUGCCAGGGGAACCGUGAUUCCUUGCUUCCUGACCUUGGAGAACGCAGAGCCCAGGGUUCUCGACAUGCUCGCGGCACCCACUUCGGUCGUUCUCACCUUGAGACGUCGUGUCAGGUUCUACAACAAGACAUCGUCAUCACGGAGGGACGUUGCAUGGAACGAGUCAGUGGAGGAUAUGGGGACAGCAGUAUGGUGGCCCUCGACAGACUCACGCAGUACGUCAGCGGUUCGCUACCUCGAAGGCGAAAUUCGACUGGCGAAGGACUUGCGUCCAACUUCUGAGAUGGGUCACUUCAGUAUAUCCUACUCGGUUGUCCUUUCUCCAUUUGCCGCUGUUGGAUUCUCUUGCGAAUCUGCAGCUUUGCUUUCGGAACCGAUUGAGAUUGCCACUAUGCAUGCAAAAGGUCCCCGCACCAACGCUUACUCCCCCCCUGCCUACGACCCACCCACACGACGCACCGAAGACGCCACGCAUGAAAACCCUUAUUAUUAA